CGGCCAUAUGCCAGAACACUUGUGGGCAUCUGCUCCGUGCCUGGCUAGUCGGAAUGCCUCAGCCUAGCCGUGCCCAGGCUGUCGCCCUGUAUAAAUUACAAGGUCCGGGGACGGGACGCAUGCUUCAAGGCUGCCCUUGCUUUCCGUGGUUUCCAGCGUUACUACCGGCCUGCCAAUAUGUUGCGCCUUGCCACGGCGGCAGCCCUUUUGGGUGCUACGUAUGCCCAGUAUGCACAGCAGUCUCCACUGCCUACCGUCGACCUGGGCUACCAAGUCUAUCGUGCCGCUGGCUUCAAUGACUCGGGCAAUUUCUACAACUUCUCCAACAUUCGAUAUGCGGCGCCCCCUGUUGGGGAGUUGAGGUUUGCGCUUCCUCAACCCCCGGCAGAAAAUCGGUCGUCCAUCAACCAUGGCCAUGUUGCCAGAAUCUGUCCCCAGUCCAACCCUGCGUGGAAUGCACUCGCAGCGCAGGCACUCGGUGCACUAACACUGGGCCUGCCGCCGCCCAAUGUGACGUAUGUUCCACCAGGCGCCAAUGCCAGCAGUCCGCUCCCCAAGCCAGACCCCCGUGAGUCUGAAGAUUGCCUGUUUUUGGAUGUGUUUGCCCCCAAGCAGAUUUUUGAACAAGCCGGCAAAGGCCCUGGUGCCCCAGUUCUGGUGUGGAUCUACGGCGGUGGAUAUACUGGAGGCUCAAAGAACUACAAUCCCGCCGGUCUGCUUGCUGCGUCCGGAAACAAAACACAGGGCGAUAUCAUCUAUGUUGCCAUGAACUACCGCCUGGGUGCUUUGGGCUGGUUGAGUGGACCGACAUUCCAGGCCGAGGGCGGUGUGUCCAACCUGGGCUUGUAUGAUCAGCGAAUGGCGCUCGAAUGGAUCCAGAAGAACAUUCAUCUUUUUGGAGGCGACAAGAACCGAGUCACCAUCCUCGGAGAAAGUGCCGGUGGAGGCUCCAUCAUGCAUCAGAUUACCGCAUACGGAGGCACCAACGGACCCCCGCCAUUCCAGCAAGCCGUGCCACAAAGCCCCGGCUGGCUCCCCAUCAGUUCGUCCGUCAUACAGGAAAAUACAUACAACACGUUCCUCAACCUAACAAACGCCACAUCCCUGGCCCAACUCCGCGCCUUGUCGUCGGAAGAAGUCAUUCGUGCCAGUGCCCAGCAGGUGCAAUACUACUCCCCCUACGGUGCCUACACCUACGGACCCGUCGUGGAUGGCCUCUUCACCCCUCUCCAGCCCGCCCAGCUUCUUGCCCAGGGCCGAUUCUACAAGGACGUGCGUGUCAUGGUCGGCCACAAUGCGAAUGAAGGACUCCUUUUCACGCCCACUUCGCUGACCACCGACGCCAGCCUGGCGGAACGGCUCGCAGAGGCAUACCCGGCCACGCCAAAAUCGUCAAUCGACUACGUUUUGCACACGCUGUACCCGCCCGUUUUCGACGGUUCCUACGGGUACAAGACCAAUUUCCAGCGCGCCACUCUCAUCAAUGCCGAGGGCACCUUUACCUGCAACACGUGGUACCUCGGAAGGGCAUUUGGAAACGAGACAUACUCGUACCUUUUCGCCGUUCCCCCAGCCAUCCACGGACAGGACAUUGCGUAUACUUACUACGCCGGCGGGGCCUCGAGCAGUGUCACCAACACGACCGUUGCCAUUGCCAUGCAAGAAUUCAUUACGAGCUUUGCGGAGACGGGCGUGACGGCGGCAAAGGGUAUCCAGCAGUUCAACAUGUACGGCCCCGACGCAAAGGUGCUGGAGCUGAACGUUACGGGCAUUGAAGAAAUCCACGACAGCAAUGCCAACGCGCGGUGUGCAUGGUGGCAGAAGGCGCUAUACUAGACCCGAACGAGUAACGACUAUGAGACACGAACGGGCGAUGGCUGGUAGUAAUGAAUAAUCAAGAUGGAUGCAAAAUUUAGUGUUCCCGUUAGCUGCAAUCGCGAUUUGGUUUGCCAUGCACAUGCACAGCACAUGCACAGCACAUGCACUUGCGCAUGGGGAGCUUGGUGCCCACUUUUCCGCUUGGCUGAUCAUAUCGACGUCAUACCACAGGAGCCGACUCCACG